UGCGCAGAGCCAGGGGGCGGCCAAAGCCAGGGCUGGGGGCGCGGGACACGCUGAAGAUGGAGGAGCCGCAGCGCUCCCGCUCGCACACGGUCACCACCACCGCCAGCUCCUUCACCGAAAACUUCUCCACCAGCAGCAGCAGCUUCGCUUACGACAAGGAGUUCCUGCGCACCGUGCCCGGGAUCCUCAUCGUGGCCGAGAUCGUUUUUGGUCUGCUCGUGUGGACGCUGAUUGCUGGGACAGAGUAUUUCCGGGUCCCUGCUUUUGGUUGGGUGAUGUUCGUUGCAGUAUUUUACUGGGUCCUCACAGUCUUCUUCUUAAUCAUCUACAUGACAAUGACCUACACCAGGAUUCCCCAGGUGCCAUGGACCACAGUGGGCCUCUGCUUUAAUGGAAGUGCCUUUGUUUUAUACCUUAUUGCCGCCAUCGUAGACGCCUCCUCGGUCACCAAAGAGAGGGACACCCACAACUAUAACAGCUGGGCCGCCUCAUCCUUCUUUGCUUUUGUGGUCACAAUCUGCUAUGCUGGAAACACGUAUUUCAGCUUUCUGUCAUGGAGAUCCCGGACUGUACAGUGAUGGCCAUUUCGACAAUGAUAUCAAUGGAAAGAACAUUGCUGUAAAAGCCGCCGUGGGUAGGAUGUACAUUUCCAGAGAACUGUGUUUUUAGCGUGUUUUUGUACACUUAGUUCCAUUGUGGUAGCUAUGGUCAGUUGCAAGUGAAAUGGAUACUUGUUUACAAAACACUGUAAAUCCUUAGGACAAAACACUUUCAAUACAUUGUUAACAAACUUGUAGAGUCUAUUUUUCCUAGACAAUAAGUAACAGAGUUGCUAAUGUUAAGAAGGCAUCCACUUUGUAAAUCUAACCUUUAAAAUGCCAGACUUUUUUUUUUUUUGGAUUAAAUGUUUGAAAAUCA